CGGAGGCGGCGCGGCGGAGGCGGAGCGGGCGCUGCGGCAGGAGGGAAGAUGGCGGACGAGGAGAAGCUGCCGCCCGGCUGGGAGAAGCGCAUGAGCCGCAGCUCAGGCCGGGUGUACUACUUCAACCACAUCACCAACGCCAGCCAGUGGGAGCGGCCGAGCGGCAACAGCAGCAGCGGCGGCAAAAAUGGCCAGGGGGAGCCCACCAGGGUCCGCUGCUCACAUCUGCUGGUCAAGCACAGCCAGUCACGGCGGCCCUCGUCCUGGCGGCAGGAGAAGAUUACCCGGACCAAGGAAGAGGCCCUGGAGCUGAUUAACGGCUACAUCCAGAAGAUCAAGUCAGGAGAGGAGGACUUUGAAUCUCUGGCCUCACAGUUCAGCGACUGCAGCUCGGCCAAGGCCAGGGGAGACCUGGGUGCCUUCAGCAGAGGUCAGAUGCAGAAGCCAUUUGAAGACGCCUCCUUUGCGCUGCGGACGGGGGAGAUGAGCGGCCCCGUGUUCACGGAUUCUGGCAUCCACAUCAUCCUGCGCACCGAGUGAGGGUGGGGCGGCCGGACCUCGCCCGCGGGGUGGGGCGGGCGGGACAGGGCGGCUGGGCCUGCAGACUCCACUCCCCGCUCCCUGCUAGUGUCCGCAGUAUUUAUUGUUCCCAGAGUGGCUGGGGGGCUCUUCCCCGGGGGGAGCUCCCUGUGCGCCCCUGGUUGGGGCUGUCCCUGCCAGACUCUCCUCCCCUUUAGGAAUUGACUUCAGAAGGGCAGCCGGGCUGGGGAGGCCCCCAGACCCAGGGACUGGGGGUGACCUGUCCCAAAGAGAAGGCUUGGUUAUCUGAGCUGUCCCCUGUGUCCCCUUGGGUCCAGGACGGGAGCCGGAGGGCCUUAAGUUGUUUCUGGUUAUGCCAUGUUCCUCUGUUGCAAAAAGCAGAUGCUGUGCGUGUGGCCUGGGGGGCCGUGGGGCUCUCUCGGCAACAGUGCAGCACCCCCUAUACCCUGAUUAAACCUGGAACCACUG